UUUUGUCACUAAGGGCGGGCUUUAUCCGUUUUCUACGGAAACGAUUUACAACCUUUCAAAUUCAGCUACAUAUUUUAUGUACGCACAUCCACGUUUUUUUAUUUUUUGUGUUGCUAAGUAGCGUGAACCACGGAAUUUCCUUUAGCAGUUUCGGAAGUCUGCGUCCAAGAAACGAGCUGAAAUGCGCCUCCAUCAAGUGGCUGUCGUACGGUUGUAAGCAGGAGCCCGAUGUUUGGAGUAAAAUGUUCUGCAUCCUGUCAGAGUCACAUUUGCUAAUGCUUGACAACUUAGAGGUCGAGCCUGUAAUGGAGAAGACAGAGACUUGUCCAGUUUGGCUUCUGAGAUACAACAUGCAAGAGACCUCAUCACUUCCUAGUCCAACACACAAAGAUGUUCCUGAGAGAGCGGUGCGUCGUCAGAGCGUCCCUGGCAGCUCUGUUGUGAACACAUCCACAGCCAGAGUGACGGGUUUUUUUUCGCGGAGGUUCAAAAAGUCUCUCCGUCGGACCAAAUCACAGCCUAAACUCUCCCAACACAGAAGCGUUAAAGUGGACCCAGUCAGUGUCCCCAUCAGCAGGUGUGUGAUGCAAAGGCUGCGCUGUGGUAGCCAGGAGUCGUUGCUAAGCACUGGCUGCGUGUCAUCUCUGGAGCUCAGGAUGGACCAAUCAGUGAUCAUCAAACCUGUUCACUCAUCCCUGCUGGGACAGGACUACUGCUUUGAGGUUACGACCUCGACCGGUACCAAGUGUUUCUCAUGUCGUUCGGCAGCAGAGAGAGACAAAUGGAUGGAGAACCUGCGGAGAGCAGUUCAUCCCAACAAAGACAACAGCAGGAGGCUGGAGAACGUUCUGACACUGUGGGUCAUUGAGGCCAAAGAUCUGCCUGCCAAGAAACGGUACUUCUGUGAGCUGUGUCUGGAUGACAGCCUCUACGCCCGGACGUCCUGUAAACUUAAAACGGACAACAUCUUCUGGGGGGAGCGUUUCGACUUCAGCAGUCUUCCCUCCAUCAACGCCAUCACCCUCCACCUCUACAAAGACACUGACAGGAAGAGGAAGAAGGACAAGAGCAGCUACGUCGGGCUGGUCAACAUCCCUGUCGCCACGGUGGCCGGCAGACAGCUGGUGGAGAAGUGGUACACUCUGAGCACGCCCAGUACCAUUCGGAGUAAGUCCUCCGUGCCCACCGUGCGCAUUAAAGCCCGGUACCAGAGCAUCAUCAUCCUGCCAAUGGAGCAGUACAAGGAGUUUGCAGAGUACAUCAGCUCCAACUACCUGCUGCUCUGCAACACUCUGGAGGCCUCCCUCAGUCUCAGGGCCAAGGAGGAGCUGGCCGCAGCUAUGGUCCACAUCCUUCACAGCACAGGGAAAGCUAAGGACUUCCUGACCGACUUGAUGAUGUCAGAGGUGGACCGUUGCCGUGACAAUGACCAGCUGAUCUUCCGAGAGAACACGCUGGCCACAAAAAGCAUUGAAGAGUAUCUGAAGUUGAUUGGACAAAAGUAUCUGCAGGACGCCCUGGGUGAGUUCAUCAAAGCUCUGUACGAGUCUGAUGAGAACUGUGAGGUUGACCCCUCCCGCUGCUCUUCCUCUGACCUGGCUGAGCACCAGGCCAACCUGAGAAUGUGCUGUGAACUGGCCUUCUGCAAGAUCCUGGACUCUUACAGGGUCUUCCCUCGAGAGCUUAAGGAGGUGUUUGCGUCGUGGCGACAGGAGUGUGGUAACCGCGGUCGACCGGACAUCAGCGAGCGCCUGAUCAGUGCCUCGCUGUUCCUGCGCUUCCUGUGUCCUGCUGUCAUGUCGCCGUCGCUCUUCGACCUGAUGCAAGAGUAUCCCGAUGAGCGGACAGCAAGGACUUUAACUCUCAUCGCUAAAGUCAUCCAGAACCUCGCCAACUUCAGCAAGUUCGGGACUAAGGAGGAGUACAUGCUGUUCAUGAAUGACUUUGUGGAGCGGCAGUGGAGCAGCAUGCAGCGGUUCCUGCAGGAGAUAUCCAACCCGGACGGCCUCAACAACACGGCCGGCUUCGACGGAUACAUAGACCUGGGCAGAGAGCUGUCAAGUCUGCACACCCUGCUCACGGAGCUGGACCAGUCAUCUUUGUCAAAACUUGGCCCCCUGUCACGGAUCCUCAGAGACGUGUCAGCAGCUCUCGCUAACCCCGGGGGCGUGUCAGUGUCCUCUCCAGAGCCUCAGCGUGUAGUGUCUCCCCCGCCGCUGUCCCCGCCCCCUCUUUCCCCUCCCCUCUCUCCUCCUUUGGCCAGCUGUAAUCCCUCUGUCGGGCUGCAGGGGGGUGUUGGACUGGAUGGAGGGAUGGUGGACUUCACCAGACUUCCGUCUCCAACUCCAGAAAACAAAGAUCUGUUUUUUGUCACCAAAGGUUCCAGUUUGCAGCCUGCAUCAGGCAUGCAGGGUUCUCCAGCUCCAAGCUCUUCCUACUCAGAACCCAACGAGAAUGAAGGCGGGUUCGAUAUGUCUAACGGCGCCAGGAGGGAGGGGCCAGAGCUGACCAAUGAGAGCCGCAGUCUGUCCCUGGUCGACCUGCAGGACGCUUCCCCGAGUGACGGUCUCGAUGACAACCAGUGGCAGCGCAGGACGGGCCUGCUUGGAUGCGGAGAGCGGGGAGAGAGAACUUCAGCCAUGUCGAGCAGCAGCAGCGGAGAGGAAUACUCGAGACGAGCUCUGUCGCUGACUGAGGCUCCGGCAGGCGUCUCCGCCCCGCCUCGUCAGAACUCAUCAGGGCCUCAGAGACGCAUUGAUCAACCACCUCCACCCAACUCUGCACCACCGGGACCUCCUCGAGGACGUACACCUCCCAGCAUGCUUAGCGGGGCUGCUGGCAGCUCCGCCUACCCUCCUCGCCCCGCCUCUGGCAGCAUGAUGUCAUCAAGUCCGGAUUGGCCCAGCAGCGGCCAGACACGACUCAGACAGACAUCGUCCUCGUCCAAAGGAGACAGUCCGGAGAAGCGAUCCGCUGCCAAGGCUCCCUCUCCCUGUGCGUUGGAUCGUACUGCAGCCUGGUUGCUCAACAUGAACUCGGCCUCAUCGUACGGUGAAACAGAGGACGAUCGUCACGACGAAGUUCUCAUUGAAAAAUACCAGCAGGAGAUUGCGAUGCUGCAGGAGAAGUUGCGAGUCGCAGCCCUGCGACAGGAGGAGUGUGAAGCCCGUCUGAUGGUCCAGGAUCAGCAGAACCAGCGUAUGCUGCAGGAGUACCAGGCUCGGCUGGAGGACACGGAGAGCAGACUGAGGAGACUGCAGGACGACAAGGACCUCCAGAUGAACAGCAUCAUCAGCAGGUUGAUGGCAGUGGAGGAGGAGCUGAAGAAGGACCACUCUGACAUGCAGGCUGUGGUCGACUCCAAACAGAAGAUCAUAGAAGCACAGGAGAAGAGAAUAGCGAGCCUGGAUGCCGCCAACACUCGUCUGAUGGCCGCUCUGACUCAGCUGAAGGAACGAUACGCCGUGACGUCACAGAGGAACGGCCUAUCUCCCAGCAACACCUCGUCCCUGCAGAUAACUGAGAACGGGGAGUUCCGCAACUCUGGUAACUGCUGAGCCGCUGACGAGCUGCGAUUGGCUCUGACUGCUGGGAGAGGGAGUGGCUUAAGUGCAUGUAAGACGUGGUUGGAGACGAGGCUAACUCGUCGAUCACACUUUAAAAAAAAAAAUCCGGUCAAAGUCAAACCAGUCAAGCUUGUAAUUACCACCGACCUGUUAUUCUACCACCAACUCCUAUAACGACAGAUGUGACUUGACUCUCUUUGCUGCCAGGUUUACUCCUCAGUUGCUGUUUUGUUUUUUGCAUGUUUCUUCCUCUGUGAACAUGCCACGGCUUGUGACAUCACGUGGUGGUUCUUUCUGGUACUUCCUGUUAAAAGCUACCUAUGGGAACGCCCAUCGGUUUACGUGGCCCGGUUCGAUCAAACUCCGUUUACCGGAAAGAGAUGGAACUUGUUGUGUUUACGAUCUGAACCAUGACUAUGAUAAGGUUGGGCAUGUGUGAACAGCACGUGUACAGCGGUUGACCGCCAACUCUUUCUGAACGUAGCCGUUGACCGACAGAUGAAUUCAGGUUUUUGUUUUUUUUUGAAGUGUGGUUGUACUAGGCUCUGUUGCGACUCCAACAACUCCAGGAACUUGUGGCAAUAUUCAGCUUUGUUCUUGUGCCCCCGCUAGCAGCCUGUGAGCAUGCUAGUCAUAUGCUAGUCCUCGUAGGUGGACGCCAGCUGGCAGUUUGAAUUUGAAUUUGAAUUAACCUUAACUCUAACAAACCCCCAGUCUAAACAAAUGAAGCGACCAAACCUCAACCGUAACUCAACCCUGGUGGCAGCGGCAGAAACGGAAACAAUCCCAGUACAUGGCCCUGGGGUUCCCCCCGCCCCAAGUCUUGUGUAUAUGGACCCUGCUGCCCCACAUGCACAUGAAUCAACUCCAACCGUAUACUUUUUUAGGAUUCUUUAUCUUUAGGUGGUGAGUUAAUGGAACAAUAGCAAUUAUGUGACCCAAAGUCAGGGCAGCGUGUCUGCAAACAACCUUUUUUAGGACCGAGCGUCAGGUGUUAGUUUGUGUUGUUUCAGGCAAAUCUGCUGAUUUUAAUGUAAACAUCAGAUUUUAUUGUAGAACAGUAAAACUCUAAAAAAAAUUGUGAUGAAUAGUUUGUGAAAACACACCCACACACACACACGAGCACUCGCACACACCCACUCACACACACACACACACACACCCCCCAGUAUGUUGUCCUGUACAGACUGAACUCCGUCCUCUGCUGUGUUCACUGUGGCUUCUGUCUCUUUUCUGCAUUUAUGAGAAACUUUCUGUUACAGAUCCUCUUAUUGUAUUUAUCAAUAUCAGUAUUUAUAAAGAGAUGCUUCAAUAAACUGUUACACUAUU